ACUCCCAACAUUCGUAACCAAAUCUUUUCAUCAAUUUAAAUACGAGAUGACUUGAACACAAUCAUUAUGCUUCUGGGAUGCAAUCAGAGAGGACAUUGUUGAGGAGGUUCAAGAAUUUUUAAAAAUUAUAAUCUUGGAAGAUUCUUCUAGGAAAAGAAUCUACCUCAACAACAACUCCUUAAAUCCCAGACAAAACAUGGAGUUGUCUUCUCUGAUUGCUCUAAAUAAUAAGAAGCAUGUUGUAGUUGUGUUCAUAGGUUUAGUAUUAAUCUUCAACAUAGCCUUAAUUACUGCUGCCAAUGAGAAAAGCCAGAUUUACACGGUGCAUUUGGGUGAGAGGCAACAUGAUGAUCCUAAUCUUGUGACUGAAUCACAUCAUGAUAUUCUAGGACCGCUUCUUGGAAGCAAAGAAGCUUCCCGUGAGUCUAUGAUUUAUAGUUACAGACAUGGUUUCUCAGGCUUUGCAGCGAAACUCACAUCAUCUCAAGCAAGGGAACUUUCUGAGCAUCCGGAUGUUGUUCACGUAACGAAAAGUAAGAAUAUGAAACUGAAAACAACAAGGGUUAAUGAUUACUUGGGACUCACUCCAACCGCUCCAACCGGUCUCCUCCAUGAAACCGCUAUGGGAAGUGAAGCAAUUGUAGGAAUUCUGGACUCAGGAAUAUGGCCAGACUCCAAGUCAUUCAACGACAACGGUCUUGGACCAAUCCCGGCACGAUGGAAAGGACAAUGUGUUUCAGGAGAAGCGUUCAACGCAUCGAGCUGUAACAGAAAGUUGAUCGGAGCUACGUACUACUCUAAGGGUCUCAUGAGUAAGUACAACGGAACGUUCAACGCGGUAGAGAAAGGUGAGGUCAUGUCCCCUCUAGACAAAAUGGGACACGGAACCCACUGUGCAUCGACAGCCGUGGGUUCUUUCGUCCCAGACGCAAACGUGUUUGGUCUAGCUCAAGGAACCGCGAGAGGAAGUGCACCGCGGGCCCGUAUAGCCUCUUACAAAGUGUGUUGGAACAACGAUGAGUGUUUCACACCGGAUAUUGUAAAGGCCAUAGACCAUGCCAUCCGUGAUGGUGUCGAUGUAAUAUCGCUCUCGCUCGGAUCUGAAGUACCAGUUGAUUUCGAGGUUGAUAGCAGGAGUGAUUUCGCUAUUGCUGCUUUCCACGCUGUUAUGAAGGGAAUUCCCGUAGUAUGUGCUGGAGGGAACGAUGGUCCUGACAAACAAACCAUCUCUAAUGUUGCUCCGUGGCUCAUAACCGUCGCGGCUACGACCAUGGACAGAGAAUUCUUCACGCCCAUCACUCUUGGAAACAAUAUAACCUUAUUGGGUCAAGAAGGUGUAUACACAGGAAAAGAAGUUGGAUUCACUGAUCUUCUUUACUUCGAAGACCUGACAAAGGAGGAUAUGCAAGCCGGUAAAGCUAAUGGAAAAAUCUUGUUUUUCUUCCAAACAGCCAAAUAUCAAGACGAUUUUGUAGAAUAUGCGCAAUCAAAUGGCGCUGCUGGCGUCAUUCUCGCUAUGCAGCCAACAGAUAGUAUCGAUCCAGGCAGCGCUGAUAUCGCGUACGCCUAUGUAGACUACGAAAUUGGGAUGGACAUUUUAUUGUACAUCCAAACCACCAAAUCGCCAGUAGCUAAGAUCAGUCCCACCAAGACUUUUGUUGGCCGACCUUUAGCGACCAAGGUUGCUAGAUUUUCCUCUAGAGGUCCCAAUUCACUAUCUCCUGCCAUUCUCAAGCCGGAUAUAGCAGCACCAGGUUCAGGUAUACUCGCAGCCGUACCAUCAAGGGCAGGAUACGAAUUAAUGUCAGGAACAUCGAUGGCUGCACCUGUCGUGUCAGGAAUAGUCUCACUUCUUAGACAAAAACGCCCCGACUGGUCUCCUGCCGCAAUCCGAUCCGCACUCGUCACAACCGCGUUGCAAACCGACCCUUCGGGAGAGCCUAUUGCAGCCGAGGGUUCCCCACGCAAACUGGCCGACUCAUUUGACUAUGGAGGCGGCCUAGUAAACCCGGGGAAAGUAGCGGACCCGGGACUUGUCUAUGACAUGGGCCACGAUGAAUAUGUUCAUUACUUGUGCUCCGCAGGCUACGACAAUACAUCAAUCUCAAAACUACUUGGAAAAAUCUACACUUGCCCUUCCCCAAUUCCAUCAAUGCUUGAUGUCAACUUGCCUUCCAUCACAAUCCCAUAUCUUAGUGAAGAGAUCACAAUAACAAGAACCGUGACGAAUGUUGGACCGGUCGGUUCGGUUUACAAAGCUGUGAUCCAAGCGCCUCAAGGUAUUAACCUUCAGGUGAGUCCUGAGACUCUUGAAUUCGGUUCCAACACUAACAAGAUUACCUUCACGGUGAAAGUCUCCACGACUCAUAGAGCGAAUACUGAUUAUCUCUUUGGGAGCUUAACUUGGACCGACAAUGAAGGCCAUAAUGUAAGAAUCCCUCUUUCUGUGAGAACAAGAGUUUUAAACUUCAAGAUCUAACAAAAUUAUUAACAUUAUUGUAUAAUAUUUUUUAUUGUACUUAAAAGUGUAUUAUAAUUUGUUUUCUUUCGGAGGCAAUGUAAAUGUGAUAAGAAAGCCUUUUUUUAUCA